GAAGCAGUCGUCUAAACCAGUGAAACAUCCUUUGAAGGAUGGGAUGGAUGAGGCAGAAAGUAAAUAUAAAGAAAUUAAGAGCAGUUGUCUUGGAACAAAAGAGAGAGCAUUCAGCAAAAGCUUUCAAGUAGUGAUUAGGAUUUGUCCCCAAGAACAGAAACAUGAUGAAAGUAAAAGAUCUCUUAAGGUGCAGGAGCCAAACCGUCUAAUAAUUGACACAGGAAGGGGACAUCAGCCUCACAUGAUGGAGUUUGAUGCCAUUUGGGAUGAGAAUGCUUCUCAGAGGGAUGUCUAUGAGUCUACUGCCAAGCCACUUGUAGCUUUGGCAUUACAAGGGUAUAAUGGAUGUGUCAUAACAUACGGCUCCCCAUCAAGUGGAAAAACAUUCACCAUGCAAGGUGGAGGUCUCUCUGGAAAACAAAGAGGAAUUAUUGCUAGAGCUGCUGAAGAUAUUUUUCACAAAGCUGUAAACUUACAUUAUCGAAUCCGAGCUUCAUUUAUUCACAUUUCAAAUGAGAAAAUUUAUGACCUGUUGGACAUCAAUCAUGCUGAAGUAAACCGUAUCCAUGAGACAGAAGAAAGUAUUUUGCUUGAAGGGCUGACGGAAAUAGAAGUUUCAUCACCAGAAUCCUUGCUACAGCUUUAUAGAAGAGGAGUUUCAAAGAGUGAUUUUGCCAGGAGGAGCCACACAAUAUUUAAUAUUAUUGUUGACCACACCAAAGUGGACACAGUCAAUGCAAAGGAAAGAACAAUGACAAGCAGACUCACUCUGGUUGAAUUAGCGAGCUGUGGCAGAGUAUCUGGUCAUAGAGCUUUUGAUGAAGGAAGGAGGAGUUUCCAGACAAUGCAUGAAAACCCACAGGAGCUGAAAAGUCUCAAGCGAUCAAUUACAAUAUUUGGAAAUGUCAUUUUUGCACUUAGCACACCAGGUUGCCAGCACAUACCUUACAGAGAGUCUAAAUUGACCAGAGUUUUAAGAGACUGCCUUGGAGGAAAUUAUUUGACAUCCCUAAUUGUGACCAUCUCUUCACACAUCUCCAGUGUACACGAGACCCUAAGUAUGCUUCAGUUUGCGUCCCGAGCCAUGUCUGUGCCAAAUCGCUCUGUCAAGACUGCCUACACGCAAACCUGUGUCCUGCAGACGAACGCCUCUAAACAGAAUGAAAAAGGUAAAGCGAGUCAAGGCCAGUCACUGAUGGGAUUUCAGUUUUUAAGUGAUAAAAAGGUUCUUCAGAUUCAGACUUGCCUUCCUCCAAUUCAUUUCUGCCCAAGUCCUUCUUCAGUGUCAAUUGACAAGCGACCAAAUGAAUCUCUUCAGAAACAAGAGGAAUCCAGAGAUUCAAGGGAAAUGAAAAUUACACUGCCCCUGUUGGAGAAAACGAGUGACAAAAUGUUUCACAUCUCCAGAGUCACUCCAUUGUUGGAAAAAAACAAAGCCAUGGAAGGACAAGCGAGGGACUUACAGUCUCCACCCAGCUGCCUUGGAGGACACGUGGAGCCUGGUAGGGAAAAGCAGUUGUCCCCAAGAGUUACAUCAGAGAAGAUCCAUGAUGAAUGCAUGAAUUGCAAAAAAGAGAGAAAAAUCCGGGAAGAAUAUGAUAAGUACUUACUUCAGCUGAAACGAGAUAAGGAUUCUCUCCAAGAUAAGAUUAUAAAUUUAGAGGCUGAGCUGAGGAGAUGCAAAGAAGAGAAGCAGGUGAUAGCAACCAGCAGAGAGGGACUGGAGACGGAAGAAAUUCAUCACCUGAAAGAAAAAGUAGAAAUGUACAAAACAAAAAUGAGCCAUAUGGUGGACAAAAGUGAGCUGAGCAAACUAAUAGAAGAAAGUAGAACAAAGCAGCAAACAAUUGAUGAUUUGCUUCAUGAGAUUGAGCUGAAUAAAGCCCAGAUCCAUAAAGCAAUGGACAAAGAGAAUAUUCUGCUCCAAAGGUUAAAAGAAGAGCAGCAAAAAACGGCCAGUGAAGCAAAGGACUACAGGUGCCAAUUUGAGAAAAUGAAGGAAGAAGAAAAACAGAGACUGAGACAGUUAGAGAAUGAAAAGGAGAUCACUUUUUUAGAAUUGAAGGCCAGCAAAUUGGAGUUGGAAAGAUUCAAAGAUGAAAUUCGGGUGAUUGUAGGUGGUUUCCAAAGAGAAAAGCUAAAAUCUGCAAAUGAUGCCCUUUUGGCAAGGAUUUGUGUGCUGGAACAGCAGCUGUGCUCUCAGAAGUGUGCCAGCUGUCAGUUCCUCCCUGGCCAUCUACUGCCAUUCUCAGGACACCCCACAGAUGCCGAGAUGUUGCUGAUUUCACAGGACCAAGAACCGGCAGCAUCAAGAAAGAAAUCAGAAGAAAGUCCUUCUACUCUGCAGUCUGAAAACACUGAGGCACAUUUCAUAAGAGAUUAUGAAAUAAUGAAGAUGAAGGACAUGCUUAAACAAGUAAAAAGGGAACAUACCUUGCUCCUGGAUAUGAUGGUCAUUAUGUUCACUAGAAAAUGGUUUGUUGAAGAAGCUGUGCCGCAUAUCAAAAGAACGUUAAAGAAGUGCGGCAUGAGGCUGGAAGACACAGACUAAGGUGUCACAUUUGUUCAGUUUUUAUAUAUACACAGGUCUAAACGUUAUGUUACAUUAGUAAGUAGAAUAAAGGAACUA